UCAAGUGAAUUAUACUGCAGAGUUUGGAGGACCAGAAACACCCAUAUAUGGCUGACUGAGUGGCUUAGUUACCAGAUCUGGAAGCAAAUAAUAGCAAAUCCAUCGGACCCUUUUUGCUGCGGAUCUUCAUAUUAUUCCAGGUUAUUAUUGUGUGAUUUAAUAUGGGGGAACCAGCUGAUAAUCCUCUUCAAAUGGAAGAAUGGAUAAUCGACAUUGUAAGGGAGCUCAAGGAAACAUCUCCAAUAUCUUCGAGUUGCAGCAUCUGCAAAGUUCCCAUGAACGUUCGAUCGGUAAAUGAAGAUGCUUACACUCCUCACAUCGUCUCAAUUGGACCAAUCCACCAUCAAGACAAAAAGUUAUUGCCUAUGGAGGAUCACCACCAUGGAGACAAAAAGUUAUUGCCUAUGGAGGAUCACAAACGGCGGUACCUACAAUCCCUCUUCAAGCGUACACAGAAACCUAUAGCAAUUCUCAAGGAUGCUUGUGAUACCAUCUUAGAUCUUGAUGAAGAUGUCCGUGCUUGCUAUGUAGAACCAAUCCUGUACAAUAAAGAGGAGCUUGCGAAAAUCUUAUUAUAUGAUGCAGGGUUUAUGCUUGAGCUUUUCUUCAGAUACUCUGAAAUGGGUUCGAAAGUACAAAAUGAUCCCAUAUUCACGACUUCUUGGAUGAUCUUGACACUGCAACGUGACUUGGCGCUUCUGGAGAAUCAGAUUCCUUUCUUUGUUCUAAAAGCUGUGUUUAAGCUUAUAGCGCCGCGUGGUACUGUUGGUCUUCCAACGCUCAAAGAGCUUGCUCUUCAAUUUUUCAAGUCAAUGUUGAAUAUCAGCGAAGAGGCAUUCCUGGCAAAAUGCAGGCAGAAGGGCAACCACUUGCUUCACUUGUUGCACAACUGUUAUCUUCCUUCAAAUCCUAUAGAUUCAAGAAGCAAGGGAGCAUGGGAAUUCAUACAUUGUGCAACAUCACUCAGUCAGGUUGGGGUAGUGUUUCAAAAGAAUACGACAAACAACUUGUUCGAUUUACAGUUCGACAAUGGCAUAUUCACAAUUCCAACGUUGCACGUUCAUGACACUACUGAUUCACUCUUCAGGAACCUUGUAGCAUUCGAGCAAUGUCAACAGGACAGUAAACAUUACAUUACAUCAUACAUCAUGCUCAUGGAUAGACUGAUCGAUACAGCAGAUGAUGUCGAGUUACUUCAAAGGGAGCGAAUCCUUGAGAAUGUUUUGGGUGGCGGAGAUGAUGUUUCAAAUCUCUUUAACAAUAUCGGCAGGCAAAUAGUUCUGAAAGACUUCUAUUUUGCAAGAUUAUGCAAUCAAGUUAAUGCCUACACUAAGUCCCGUCGACAUCGUUAUAUAGCUGCAUUGAGACGUGACUACUUUAAAAAUCCAUGGAGUAUUACGUCCUUCGUGGCUGCCGUUGCACUUAUUCUUCUUACUUUCUUGCAGACCCUGUAUACUUUACUUUCUUAUUACCAUAGUUGAUACUUGUUCUGCACUUUGUUCUUAAAUUCUCUGCUUAACCAAAAGACUUUUAUAAUAAUAAGAUGGAAGCCAGACCAAUGCCAUUAUGAGCCA